CCAAUUAAAUGCAACCACGUGAAAUUGGCCUUUAUUUUUCUUUAAUGGACUAAUUUACCCUCUUAUAGAUCUCGACCGUACUAAAAGGAGGGAAAACGAGAAAGACGGACGUGGCCAUUCAUGGUCCGCAAAUAAGGAAACAUCAGAGGGUAAAACGGGAUAUUGAGUGGAAUUAUAGGCCAAAGUAAAGAUAAAAUAUUACAUUACACGGAGAAGUACCAGAAAACCGGACCAAAAAAAGUGAAAGAUAAAAAGCCGAUGCGAAUAGCGAGCGGGGGGGUUGUUAGAAGCGAUUUAGUCGAAGGAAUACAAAGUGGAAGAGUUUCUAGAGUAUCUGGCAUUUGGCCUUGUUUGAUUCAGCCAAGACCCUUGUUGGUUUCCUAUGUCCUUCUACAAUAAAAGGGGUUGUUUUUGAACUUGUUUCUUCAGUGAUUGCUGAAGUUUUCUAUCCUUUUUGUGUUCUUCAAAGAAGAAGAAGAAAGAGAAGAGAAAAAUGGAGUGGCAGGCUUGUCUUGAUGAAUAUGAGAAGCUUGUCAUAAGGAUGAGUACUCCCAGGGUCGUGAUCGACAAUGCCGUUUGCCCUACAGCGACUCUUGUUAAGGUUGAUAGUGCUAGAAGACACGGAAUUUUGUUAGAUGCUGUUCAGGUUUUAACAGAUCUGAAUCUUUCAAUUAAGAAGGCUUACAUUUCAUCUGAUGGCCAGUGGUUCAUGGAUGUUUUCCAUGUGACUGAUCUAAACGGAAACAAAUUAACUGAUGAGAGCGUUAUUAGUUACAUUGAACAGUCCCUUGAGACCACUUAUCCCGAUAGAAGCCACGGAUUUGAUGGCUUAACAGCGUUGGAAUUGACGGGAACAGAUAGAGUUGGUCUUUUAUCAGAAGUAUUUGCAGUUUUAGCUGACCUGCAAUGCGAUGUGGUAGAUGCUAAAGUAUGGACACAUAAUGGUCGAAUUGCGUCUUUAAUUUAUGUAAAAGACUGCAACUCGGGGUCCCCAAUUGAGGAUUUGCAGCAAAUUGACACAAUAGAAGCACGUUUAAGGAAUGUUUUGAAAGGAGACAAUGAUAUUCGCAGUGCAAAAACUUCAGUUUCUAUGGCUGUAACCCACACUGAGAGAAGGUUACAUCAAAUGAUGUUUGCAGAUCGUGACUAUGAAAGAAAGCCUACUUUGCAACAUAGGGAGGAUUCCCCUGUGGUCACCGUGCAAAAUUGGGUGGAAAGGAGUUAUUCGGUUGUGAAUGUUCAGUGCAAGGAUCGAACCAAGCUUCUGUUUGAUGUUGUUUGCACAUUAACAGAUAUGCAAUAUGUUGUGUUUCAUGCCACCAUCAACACAGCUGGGGAUGAAGCAUAUCUGGAAUUCUAUAUUAGGCACACAGAUGGAACCCCAAUUAGCUCGGAACCUGAAAGACAUCGUGUAAUCCAAUGCUUACAAGCUGCAAUUGAAAGGAGAGCAUCUGAGGGUGUCAGGCUGGAGUUAUGCACAUCAGAUAGGCAGGGUCUAUUAGCAGAUGUGACCCGAACAUUUAGAGAAAAUGGUCUUAACGUGACAAGAGCUGAAAUAUCAACCACAAUGGACAUGGCUGUAAAUGUUUUUUAUGUAACAGAUGCAAUUGGGAACCCAGCGGAUCCCAAAAUCAUUGAAGCAGUAAGACAAAAGAUUGGUUUAGGGAACUUAAAGGUGAAGGAAUUGCCAUUUAUUUAUCAUCAAAAGGCAGAAAGAGAAGAGGAAGCAGUUGGGGUUGGUGGUGCGGUGUUGUUAUCACUUGGGAGCCUAGUGAGAAGGAAUCUGUACAAUUUGGGGUUGAUUAAAUCCUAUUCUUGAAGUGGACACUCGGGGGCAGCCAUUUGGUAGGAGAAACAUGCAUAUUGUUUGCUUCAGGUUUGGGCUUUGGCGUUUUUGUACAUAUGAAAAAGGUGGAAUUUGGUUAUAGUUGUUGUCAUAGUUGGAUUUGGUUGGUUGAAUAGACAGAUCACAUAGAGAAGAUUGGGUGGUAGCUCCACCGAAUUUUUUUAUUGACUCUCCCCCAAUGCUUAUUUUGCGGGAAGAAUUUGAAUGGGAAGAGGAAAAACAGAAGAAAAGUUAAAGAGAUGUUGGUGGGGUUUGUGAAUUGUGCCAUAGAUUUGUUGCUGGCAGAGAGAAAAAGAAGAUUAGGUAGAAGAAAAAUAUGGUUUAUUAUACACAACAUUUGUAAAUAACGACAUUUAAGUAUUAAUUAUAAUGGUUGACUUGAUUUUUUUUUUGUAUUCUUUUGUCUACUAUUUUCUGCUUUGGUCCAUGAAUCUAGUG